CUCCUGCGACAGUCUUAAUCCUACCUUCGCCAAACGAACACGUUCUUCGGCACUCACGAAACCGCACGGUAUACCCUGUCAUUAUCAUUACAUCAGCUUCACGGUCCAUUGUCUAGAGUUUAAGAUCGUCACGAAAUCUCUCAAAAAUCUGACGCUGUAUGGUACUUCAAGAGUGUUCAAAAUGAGGGAAUAUCGAAAUAACGUAUUAAUCCAGCUAAGCUUUAUUUGCAUCACCACGCUUAAUGCGAAUAUUGUUUGUGGUGAUUCACCAGUUACAAAAAUUCCAAAUGGUACGUUGUUUGGGAAGACAAUGCCCACCCGAUUUGGAAAAAAUAUUUAUGCAUUCCUGGGAAUUCCCUAUGCUGCACCGCCAAUUGGAGAACUCAGAUUCAAGCCUCCGCAACCUCCGAUCGCUUGGAACGGUACCCUAGAUGCUACGACAAACGCCGAGAUAUGCACGCAACGGAACAUUUACGUCCAUCAGGAAGAGAUUGUCGGCAGCGAGGAUUGUCUUUACCUGAACGUCUAUACGCCUUGCAUAGAGUGCACCGAAGAACACUCGAAUUCUAAUCAUAAUUUGAAACAACGGAAAGCCUUCCCGGUCAUGAUUUGGUUCCACGGCGGCGGAUGGAUCGCCGGAGCCGGCCACUCUGAAUAUUACGGGUCCAAGUUCCUGCUGGACUUCGACCUCAUCCUCGUCACCGUGAACUAUCGACUUGGACCGCUGGGCUUCUUGAGUACGGAGGAUCUGGAAUGUCCAGGAAAUCUAGGAUUAAAAGAUCAACAGCAAGCUAUCCGAUGGGUGCAAGAGAAUAUUGUUUACUUUAACGGUGACCCGAAUAGAGUGACCCUUUUCGGUGAAAGCGCAGGCGGUGCAAGUGUUCACUAUCAUAUGGUCAGCCCUCUUUCAGCAGGACUUUUCCAUCGCGGUAUUUCGCAGAGUGGCAACUUUUACAACCCGUGGACUUUAACGUCACCAGGAUUUGCCAGAAAGAGAGCCCUGACUUUGGGUAAGCAUAUAGGAUGUAGCUCCGAGAAUUCGAAGGAACUCAUUGAAUGUCUACGAACAAAGAGUGCGGAGGAGAUUAUUGGCACUGACCAUCUUUUCCAGAAAUUUGGCUACUGCCCGAUGAUACCAUUCCGACCGGUAAUCGAACCCAAGCACCCAGGUGCUUUCCUGACGGAGGAUCCUCUAAUUUCCGUACGAGAAGGCCGCCUUCUCGACAUACCCUGGAUGACGGGAAUUACUUCGGACGAAGGAGCUUUGAGAGUAGCAGGUAUUUACGGACAGGAGAACCGUGUGAAGGAAUUGGAUAAUAACUUCAACAAAAUUGCGCCUAUAAGCUUAUUUUAUGACGAGAGAUAUAACAUCACGAAUGAGAAUUUGCUAAAUGAGAUAACCACUUCCAUUCGCAAUUUCUAUUUCGGUUAUAAUUCUAUCGACCACACCGAGGAUUCCAGGGUCAAAGUCGUCAACAUGUAUAGUGACUCGUGGUUUAAUCAUGGCACCCACAAAGCUGUGCAAGAUUUUAUUGUAAACCGAACUUCACCAGUCUUUUAUUAUUACUUCGCGUACAGAGGAAGUGCCUCCUUCAGUUCGAUAUUCGGCGAUCCCGUAAAAGAUUAUGGAGUAUCGCACGCGGAUGAUUUGCAGUACUUGUUCCCUGUGGGAGAAGAGUUGUUUCCGGACACGCCAUUGUCCGAGAAAGAUCAAGAAAUGAUUGAUGUCAUGACCUAUCUUUGGUAUAAUUUUGCAAAUUCCGGAAAUCCUACGCCAAAAGUGACAAACGUGGUUCCAUUGAAGUGGAAACCUGUGAAAACAGAGGAAGCACCGGAAUACCUGCGCAUAAAAAGCUCAACGAAGAUUGCUAUGGAUCAUAGUCUUCUUUUAAAAAGAAUGUUAUUUUGGGAUUCCUUAACACACCAGUUGAAGUGCCAUGACAAUACUUUUAGACGUUUGAAGGAUGAGUUGUAACUUGUACAUUUGUAAUUUGCGCAUAAGGCAAAGAUAUUUGAAUGUGACUGCAAGAAUCUUAAAAUGCUGAAAUUUUAA